UCAUCCAUCUGAGUGUUCAGGAGUUUCUGGCUGCUCUUCAUGUCCACCUGACCUUCAUCAACUCUGGAGUCAACCUCAUGCAGAAGCAACAAUCAAAUAUCUCUAAACCUAAACUGAGCAGUUCAGUCCAGUUCUACCAGAGUGCUGUGAAUACGGCCUUACAGAGUCCAAACGGACACCUGGACUUGUUCCUCCGCUUCCUCCUGGGUCUUUCACUGCAGACCAAUCAGAGUCUCCUACGAGGUCUGAUGACUCAGACAGGAAGUAGCUCACAGACCAAUCAGAAAACAGUCCAGUUCAUCAAGGAGAAGAUCAGUGAGGAUCUGUCUACAGAGAAAAGCAUCAACCUGUUCCACUGUCUGAAUGAACUGAAUGAUGGUUCUUUAGUGGAACAGAUCCAAUGGUUCCUGAGGUCAGGACGUUUCUCCACAGAUAAACUGUCUCCUGCUCAGUGGUCUGCUCUGGUCUUCAUCUUACUGUCAUCGGAAGAAGAUCUGGAAGUGUUUGACCUGCAGAAAUAUUCUCGUUCAGAGGAGGCUCUUCUGAGGAUGCUGCCAGUGAUCAAAGCCUCCAACAAAUCUCUACUCAUUGACUGUUUCCUGUCAGAGAGAAGCUGUGCAGCUCUGUCCUCAGUUCUUAGCUCUCAGUCCUCCAGACUCAGAGAUCUGGAUCUGAGUUGCAACAAGCUGCAGGAUUCAGGAGUGAAGCUGCUGUGUGCUGGACUGGAGAGUCCACACUGUAAACUGGAGACUCUGAGUUUGAUGGGCUGCAGGUUGUCAAAGAUCAGCUGUGCUGCUCUGGUCGCAGCUCUAAAGCUCAACCCGUCCCACCUGACGGAACUCAACCUGGGAUGGAACAACCUUCAAUCUUCAGAUGUUCAGCAGCUCCAGAAUCUGGUGGAGAGUCCAAACUUCAAACUGCAGACUCUGAGGUGGAGGUAAAGGUGAGCCUGAUGUUUUUCUGGUGGAGAAGAGAGCAUCAUCAUCAUCAUCAUCAUCAUCAUCAUCUUCAUCAUCAUCAUCAUCAUCAUCUGGUCAGCAGAGAUGUUGUUCCUGGAGGUGGAGAGCAGAGUGAUGGAGGAAUCAGAGGAAAUGGAAAUGAGUGUCAGAGCUGCAGCAUGAACUGAUCUUAGAUCAGCUCCACUGUCUCUCUCAGCAUCAAGUGGACAGUUAUUGUGCUGCAGCUCCCCCGGUGGACUGAUGGAGAACUGCACUUCAUCUUCUCAUUCUAACUUGGAGUGUUGAUCUGAAACAUCAGUUGGAUUCGGAUGUUCAGCAGCUCCAGGAUCUGGAGAAACAAAGAGCUACAGAAAAACAGAUUCUUUUCUAGAUCGCCACUUUCUUCUUUCAUCUACAUUUAAUGAACAGAUGUGACUUUGUGACUGGACCAAUCAAGGAUUGAGGGAAUCAUUGAUCAGACAGAAUAGUUCUGGAUUAGAUAGAUCUAUGUGUGGGUUAGGGAAAAACAGGCAGUCAUGUUGUAUCCUGUUUCUGUCUCUGGAACAGAGAAAGACAUUUGAACCAGAACUCUGGAUCACAAAAUUCUGAUUCCAGAUUUUUCAGAUUUGGAAAACAUCUGUAAUCCAGCAGCUAUGAAAAAAAGGAAAGAACAAGAAAGAAGAAAGAAAUGUUUUUCCACACUUCCAAAAGUGCGUGAAGAUAAAACUUACAAAGACAGGAUCAAAGAAACUCAUUCACAAGAUAAAAAAGUUAAGAAUAAGAAAAAUGGUAGAAAAAUAGAGGAAAGUUAAAGGGAGCUGUAGAAAAUGGUCCUUAUAUUUAUUUUGUUUGUAUUCCCGCCAUAUUUUUGUUUAUCUUUUCUUUAAUAAAACUUGACAAAUUUAA